UCUCAAGCGGCUCUGCCUUGGUUGAAGACGAAACUUCAUCGACGAGAAAGAAAGGUCCGGUUGUACUACAGUCCACUUCAACACUCUCUGAAGGACAUUCCAAGUCUCCUUCCGACCGUCUACCAUCACAGAAGAAAAGAAAAGGUUUCUGGUGGCCAUGAAGUCCGCAUACCUCUUGUUGUUGGCAGCGGUGGCGGUGUGUGACUUCACAGUGAGCCAAGCACAGAACAUCCCAAGCGAAACGGACCUGGAGGAGCGCCCAACGCUGAGAGACAUCCUGCAGCGCGCCGAAAGUCUACUCAUCCGCUCCAUUAUCAGAAAAAUUGAGGAAGAUGACAGCGAAAAUGAUAUGGUGUCACCUCAACUCAACUGGCUAGAGAAGCGACAACAUCCAGGAAAACGCCAACAUCCAGGAAAGCGCGAAGACGACGACUAUGAAGACUACACAGACGUGCAGAAAAGACAGCAUCCAGGAAAGCGAGAGGACGCGUCGGAGGAGUCGCUGGAACUCCAGCGAAGGCAGCACCCAGGGAAGCGCCUCAUCCUGGAUCACUUCGCUGAAAGCCCGGCUGCCCAGAGCGUCAUCUUAAACGAACUUUCCAAACGGCAACACCCGGGGAAACGCUACCUGAUGACGUUCAGCAAGCGGCAGCAUCCUGGUAGGCGCGAGAUAGACGAGAGUGACCUGGACACUGGUGACCUCUUGGGUCUGGAGAAUCGCCAAUAUUCUGGGAAAAAGUAUUUGGAUGGCACCAUCCAGGAUAUAAGCCUGAGCGGGGGUCCUUGCGACGUUCAGGAUCCUGCUAAUUGCAGUAAAACCAGUCUAUUGUUGGAGCUGCUGGAUAACGUGUCCAAACCUCGCCUUGAGGAGAAGAGACAGCACCCCGGGAAAAGGCUCGCAAUAGAAGAUGAUGUAACGGAACAGGAAUGAAGUAGUAUUGAGUACUGAAUGCUUGAACGUGUGAAUAGAGUGUAAAGAAGUAACAGAGUUAUUCCAAUAAAGAGAAUUUAAUAAUUGUUAAUCAUGCGCAUUAUUUAUGAAAUAGCACACGAAAUAUGAUAUAUUUUAGCAUUUUGCGUAUCUGGACAUGAUCUUUGAGACAGACUCAUUUGAAAAAGACAUUUGGCCUAAUUUACAAUAGGCUUAUGGCCAGUAAAGCUAUAUACUUAAUGCGUCAGCGCAGGCUACAGUUAGCAGACAGACAGCAUAGAAUAAAAAUAAUACAAUUAUUCUGUUUGUAUAGAGCAGUCCGUGAGAUUAGUCUGACAUUCAAUUGUGUGAACAUUUCAAGAUGUAAGUAAAUGUUUUCUAAAAAUGUUUGCUGUCAUAAUAAUAGGUUACAGGUGUUUAUUCCAUUGUCAUUCAUUCUGUCAGAUAACUUGAGACUUCUUUGGUAAAAUACAAA